AAUUCCCAUAUAUCUCCGUGGAACUGAUAGUAAUGGAAAGAAUAAAGGUGAGCAGCUUGGAACCACUUUUGAAGCUUCUGGCCAGUGUAGACCCAACUGACUUGUGUCUGGAUGCAGCCGUACUCUCCUGUGGGUGUGUUGUUUCAGAACGGUUCUUCUUACCACUUGUUGAUAGUUCUGGUACUACUUCAUGUCCUGAGUGUAUGAAGUCAAAUGUAACAUUCCUCAAGCCUAUUCGGCAACUCCGUGACUUAUAUAACAUUAUAUCCCAAGUGCUACUGGAGUCGACUCCCAGGACCCGGAGACGGUCUUCUUCCAAGAAAAGUAUCAAAGGUCCUAAUGAUCCUAUCAACGAACGUCUGGUUGGUGAACAAAUGGAUCUAGUAAGCUUGUUUUAUCGAUAUGCCAAAGAAGAAACCUCCCAGUACCUUGUUUCAUCUGACAAUGCCCAUGUCAAUCCAAUUGACAUUAACCAUCAAAGGCCUAAGUCCAACCUGAGUUAUAUCAAUUCGAACUCAAUCUCACCGUUGCGCAAAAUGUCUAUAAAUCCAGGGGAGUCGGUGGGUAUGCUUUCUGAGUCGUACCUUGAAAGAGAAAGAGUCAAGUCAAAGGCGCCCAAGUACGAAGAUUUGCUCGUGUCGGACAUUACAGAAGAGAAAGAGUAUAACUUCAGCAAAUGCUUUCCGUUCCAUCGGAAGCUCACGACAUUCCAAACCCAACAGGGAAGGCUAUUUUCUUCCAGCUUGUUCAAAGGUUCGAUGAUCAAAAAGACGGGCCGGUUUAUUGCCAAUGAUAUUCACACAUCGACAGAUUUUGUCACUGGGCAAGAAAUCACUCGGUUUGUGUCGAUUACUGAAAAACGAUGGGAGCUUUAUGAGCUUGUAGAAGAUCCAGAAAUGCACCCGGUCCUCGUGUGCUGUGGUAAACUGAGUGGAGAGUAUGGGCCUCUGUUCAACGAGUUGCGCGAAGAUUACGGGCAUGAAGUGGUUAUUCGUAACGAUUUUUCAGGGAACUCCCUGGCCAACUCCACUUCUACCGAUUUAGGCCACAAGAAAAGGCUUGGUCUGUGGGAAUUUAUUAGUUGUCGAUUGAGUGGAGACUUCUUAGCCAUAUCCGGCACUAAGGGAAUCAUGCGAGUUUUCAAUGUGCUGAAGACAUCGUUACCUCACGAACUUGGUCAACCGGUUUAUACCUACAUCACCAAUUUCCCCAUUCGGUGCAUCGCCAUCUCAAACAAUGAUCCUUUAAUUGCCUGUGGAAUCACUGCCAAGGAGAGGAUUUCAGGUAAAGAACAGCCAUUUGUGGUGUUGCAUAAGUUGGUGAGAUCGGUAGCAGCAGAUCGAAUUAUUGGGUCUGUUGAACCUAUCACCAUAACCAUUCCUUACAGAGAUCCUAUUAAACUCAUAAACUUCAAUGCCACUUCCACCCACCUCAUGUGUUGUACUGUAUGGGAAUCUCGGUACCUCAUUAUUCGAUUGAGAAGCAGUGGAUCAGAUAACUUCAGAAAGCCUAGAUUGAUAUGGACGGACUCCAGCGUCCUUCGGUCUUCAAAGAGAAAAAAAUCAGAUGGUGCCCUUUACGAUGAUUCCGAUGAUGACAACUCUGAUGAUAAUGCCUUGAUGAUGGACAACGAGGGUAUAACCGACGCUCAGUUCGGGGCAAUUCCAAAUACUGUAGUUCUCACAUCUUGCUCAUUACAACACCGGCCUCCUUUAAUGCUUCGUCUAGAAGGCUCGACUAUCGACUCGUCUCAGGGUAGACACCUUCUGGAUGCAUUAUCCUUCGAGAGCAGCCUUAACAGCCGUCAUGACGGUAAUGAUGACGGGUAUGACAUCACCAACAUCAAGUCGUCUGAGCUACUCAUGAAGUUUCUGGAGGUUGGGUUUUCGAUCCACAAGUCGGCCUUGCUGCCUCGUCGAGACGCACUUGCGUUUUUGGAUAAAGAUGGCCGGGUGUACCUUGUGUCUAUUCCCAACUUCGAGUUGAAUCUCAAUUCAAGUCCCAAGAAGGUGGUUGUGCUUUUGGGAGAAGUCGCUAAUGCUGAGAGGUACGUGGAGGCAGCAGCCAUCUCCUUUUCGGCAGACGGGGGACGUGUAUAUGUGUCUGAUCGUCGGGGAGCCCUUCUGGUGUUCGACUUUACCAAAGGUAUUCCUGGACAAGAUUCAGAUGUUGUGAAGUGUAGAAUCAUCAGUGCUUAAUUCUGGUGGUCACUUCAAAUCCAUUGGCUGCAAAUUACGAGAAGCAAAAAAUUAAACUUCUUGACGAUUUAGAUCACUCAUCCUCCUUCUGUACAUUCACUUCAUUCAUUUCUCCUUUCGGUUGUUGGAUUUAGGCCUUGUAUAAAUAAAUUGUGUAAUAAAUUUUAGCCGCAUUCAA